UCCCACUUUCCGCCUCCAACCAAAUACCAAUUUCUCUCUCCCCGCUGACGACGCCGUCCUCCCUCCCCACGACGACGCCGUCCUCCCUUCCCGCGACGACGCCCUCCUCCCUUCCCCACGACGACUCUUUCUUCCCUCUCCGAGGACCUUCGCUUCUCCCUCCCCGCCGACGCUGUCCUCCCUCCCCGCGACGACGCCCUCUUCCCUCUCCGACGAAUUCGAAUACGAACACGAAUAGCACCAUAAAAACCGAACUCGAAUUUGAACCUUGCACUAUUUGUUCAAAUCCGAUUCGAUUCCACCCCGUUGUUUCUCUAUAAAACCAACGGCCAGUGUAGGAACUUGAUCACGCAGAAAGACUUCGGAGAGCGAGAAGUAGAGUUGAGGUUGUCCACGGCGGCGAUCGAAUCGACAAUAUCACCGGCGACGAUGUACGAUGACGACGGAGAGGACGAAGACACCGGUAACAGAACCUCAUAAUGUUACCAUACUGGAUUGGGAGGCUUUGGAAUAUAUAUAUUUCGAUAUGUGUUCUCUCCGAGGAGCUUCAACAAUUGCAAAGAUUUGGCAAGUUCUCUGAACAUGAUGGCCUAGUUCUUUGUGGGGACUUUAACGACAUUCCAAGAAGCAUAACUUAUGCAGGAAUAACAAGGGGGCAGUUAUCUUUGGGUAGAUAUGCAAACAUUUUCUCGACACCAUGGUGCAGUCUUGGACUUCCAAAAAUGAUAUGUGUUCUCUCCGAGGAGCUUCAACAAUUGCAAAGAUUUGGCAAGUUCUCUGAACAUGAUGGCCUAGUUCUUUGUGGGGACUUUAACGACAUUCCAAGAAGCAUAACUUAUGCAGGAAUAACAAGGGGGCAGUUAUCUUUGGGUAGAUAUGCAAACAUUUUCUCGACACCAUGGUGCAGUCUUGGACUUCCAAAAAUGCGUACAAGGUUGCGUAUAAUGAGUGGAUUAUGUCUCACGAGUCAAGUGCUCAGAUUGAUAGAGGCACAAUGGAACCGAAGUAUACCAGGUGCUAUCGAUCUGGGGCUGCAGAUAACUGCUUUGAUUACAUAUUUUUCUCCGAUAUGUGUUCUCUCCGAGGAGCUUCAACAAUUGCAAAGAUUUGGCAAGUUCUCUGAACAUGAUGGCCUAGUUCUUUGUGGGGACUUUAACGACAUUCCAAGAAGCAUAACUUGUGCAGGAAUAACAAGGGGGCAGUUAUCUUUGGGUAGAUAUGCAAACAUUUUCUCGACACCAUGGUGCAGUCUUGGACUUCCAAAAAUGGAGAUAAUGGGCCGUGGAGUCAGCAGUGGAGGAGGGCAGAGUUCCCUUGGGUACCUUUUUAGUGAUGCCGUAGCACCAAAAGCUGCACCUGAGAAACCUGUUGAGAAGCCUGCCCCUCCACCAGAACAAAAGCUUAAGGAGAUACCAGCAGGCAUUCCAGGGGGUUCGAGAAAUAAUUAUUUCCGAGCUGAAGGCCAGAACACUGGCAAUUUCAUCAUGGACCAACCUUCAACGAAGGACUCUGCCCCUGGAGGUGGUUCCUCCCUUGGCUACCUCUUUGGGGAUGGUGAUUGUGAUGCUGCUGUGUGGAUUGCCUGAGCAAUUCUUUUGCGAACCAAGAAAAAAAGAACAAAAAAAGAAAUUAUCGUUGUUUUAAGUGUGUUCAUGAAAGUAACUGAUUAGUUGUGGAAGGAAGAAUAUCUGAUUAUAUAUUACAUAGCUUUAUGAUGUAAUUUGCUGGUGGGAGGGAGGCUUAAACAGUCAUCCUGGAUUUGUAGACUGUUGCUUUUCCAGUUUCAUGUUUCCUUGAUCAAGUUUAAUCAUAACCUGUUUCUUUCUGUAUUUUCCUUUGCCCUGUAAAUGCAAAUAUGGUUCCCUA